AUGACCUCCCCUCAACCUCCUUCCACCCCCAAGAGCAUUCGACCUACCAUAUCCACACCUCAUCGACGGACGAAUUCGGCCUCUCAUGCUUCUCCCAUCGACAUCAAACCCAAAUCACCCGCUGCAAGGCGGAUGAGUAUGACCUCGACUUCUCAAUCAGCUUCCCUGACUCCUCAGACUCUGGCUCAGAGGAUAGUCGAGAAUGAGCAGCUUAUGCUAGCUGGUCUGGUCAGCUCGUUAAUGCUAUGCGGUAUCCUUUACUCCCUUAUCCAAUCCACAGCCCUCGACACAUCCGAAAUUCACCAUCACACUCUUCCCCAUCGAGCGGAAUAUUUCGCCCGUAAAUCCAAUAUAUUCAACGUGAUUUUCGUAAAACGAGCUUGGGGCUGGACAUCAAUGUUAUACCUCUUACAUCUCUUCUCCUCUCCAACAAUACCAUCUCAGAUACACACCGGCUUAGGAGGUAGAGCGAGGAGGUUGGGUAUAUGGAUAUUAGCCACGAUAGCAUGGCUGGUAUUCACGAGUUGGUUCUUUGGUGCAGGUUUGGGAGAUAGGAUCAUAGCUCUCACGGGAGGGAAUUGUGCAGUGCAGUUACCUAUCGGUGUAGAUCUUAACAUUGCAAGAGAGACUUUUCCCUCUUUGUUUACUGCUGGCGAGAAGAGUACAACGACGAACGGAAGGAUAUACGUCCCACUGCCUCAUCAAUACUGUUCAGGAACUCCUCUAAAUCCCUCGACUUUUCCUCAACUGUUCUCCCUGAUUCCCUCUCAUUCGGAUAUACACGCAACAUCAAGGCAUGAAUCUCUCCAAGCUCUACCCAGACCAAGGUGGCAUAGAGGCUUCGACAUCUCCGGCCACGCUUUUCUGCUCACGCUCAGUGUCACGGUAUUGGGUAGAGGAUUGGCUGGAACCUGGAGAUCGUGGGCUUCUACAGCAUCGGGAACGAAAUCAAGAAGGGUGAUUAAGAGGGAUGAUGGUUAUUUAGCUUUGAUUCAUCGAUGGUCAGGUAUAGCAGCCACCGGUCUAGUAGGAAUAUGGUGUUGGAUGAUAUUAAUGACUGGAAUUUAUUUCCAUAAUCCACCGGAGAAAUUGUCCGGUCUAGUGCUUGGUCUCUCCACUGCAUAUUUAAUCAAUAUCCUCAUACCCCCUUCAACGCCAUCAUCACUAGUCGACCCUACCUCACCCUUCUCACGUCCCAACUCAAGCAUAGGAGGAAUCUUCGACGAGAAUGCAGCGAGGAGAGGCGGGGUGGUAGAUGACGGAGUGAUAUAUGAGAAUUCAGCAGAAUCAGAUUCUUCAGACGAAGCUGUUGAUAAAGGCAAAGAUAAAACAGAAUGA